AUGGAGGCCUGGAGGAGAUGGUGGAAGAGCUCAACAGCGGGAAGGUGAUGUAUGCCUUCUGUAGGGUGAAGGAUCCCAACUCCGGCCUGCCCAAAUACGUCCUCAUCAACUGGACCGGCGAAGGCGUGAACGACGUGAGGAAAGGAGCCUGCGCCAACCACGUCAGCACCGUAGCAAACUUCCUAAAGGGGGCUCAUGUCACCAUCAACGCUCGGGCGGAGGAGGACGUGGAGCCUGAACUCAUCAUGGAGAAGGUUGCCAAGGCCUCUGGGGCCAACUACAACUUCCACAAGGAGAGCAGCAAGUUCCAGGACGCAGGUCCUCAGGCUCCCGUGGGCUCUGUCUACCAGAAGACGAAUGCCAUGUCCGAAAUCAAGAGAGUCAACAAGGACAAUUUCUGGGCCAAAGCUGAGAAAGAUGAGGAGAACCGGCGGCUGGAGGAGAAGAGGAGAGUGGAGGAGGAGCGGCAGCGGCUGGAGAGAGAACGGCGGGAGCGGGAGCUGCAGGAAGCAGCGGGGCGAGAACAGAGAUACAAAGCGAGGUCCAAUGAAAUCGAAGCUCAGAAGAGACUCCAGCAGCAGCAGGAGGCGGAGAACAGGGACAGGGAGCAGCAGCAGUGGAAGGAGCAAGCCGAGGAGUACGAGGCCAGGCAGCGAAAGGGCUUCAAGAGGAGCGAAUCCGUGGAGAAAGCCCAGGAGGCUGCAUCGCUGAUAGCGCAGAGGGCGGUGAACCCCCGGGACAUCUUCAAGCAGAGGGAGAAGUCGGUGCCGGCGGACACGGUGACGAUGUCCCAGCCAGGCAAGCUUCGCAGCCCUUUCCUGCAGAAGGAGGUGAACUCAGUGCCGAGUCCAGCCUCUCCCGUCUCUCCUGCCCAGGACGCUCCCCCAGCCUCCUUCGCCCCCUCCUCUGCUUGGGGGACAUCUCCAGCCUCUCCG